CGUCCAAUGAACGUGUGCUCGUGGCGUUUUAGCCUCGCUGCGACAGCAAUGCUACAAACUUUACAAUAGCCUCAUUUGAAUCGUAGCAGCGGUGUUUGGGUGUUUGUAGACCGUACCUGCGGCCAAUACUGUUUUUUAAAAAUACAUUUCAGUUCCCUUUCUCGGUAUUUAAAACCCGCUACGUGUGUCCCGGAUGCGUCAACGACUCCGGGAGCGCAUGGAAACACGGAGCUCAGCUUUCCAUCUGCUGUGGGUUUGGUGGUAGUCCGUUGUUUUCGGUGGUCCUGGUCGACUUGAAGGUGGUCGUCAACUAGCUAGCACCGACACUGUAGUGCUGCUUACAUGUGGACCAUGUGCUCGUUGUUAUUUUAGCCUCUAUACAGUGUGGCAUUGUAUAAUUUUAGUGAUAUUUGCCGUUUUCACUACUUUAGAAUGUAUAUUGGAAGUAAAAAAACAACCGAGUGCUUGAAUUUUACAUUUUAGUCAAGGUGCUGUUCUGGAGAUAACAACGAGCGAUUUAGAUUUUUUUUUUCUUGAGGGGGGCACCUUACUAAACACUACAUUGUCUCCAAAGCAACAUGCCUAUUAGGCGUUUUGGGGGUCACAGGUCUCUGGUGUCUCACUCUCAAACUCCAAAACUGUCGUACGGUUACACGAAAAUGAAUAUUUCAAGAAGUGGCUACCGUGUUUUUUCUGCCAACUCCACCACCGCCUGCACCGAGUUGGCCAAGAAGAUAACAGAACGUUUGGGUGUGGAGUUGGGAAAGUCAGUUGUUUAUCAGGAGUCUAAUUCAGAGACGAGAGUGGAUGUCAAGGAAUCUGUCCGUGGACAAGACAUCUUCAUUAUUCAGACCAUUCCUCGGGAUGUCAACACAGCAAUCAUGGAGCUGCUGGUUAUGGCUUAUGCCCUGAAGACAUCCUGCGCCAACAACAUCAUCGGGGUCAUUCCGUACUUUCCUUACAGCAAGCAGUGCAAGAUGAGGAAGAGGGGAUCCAUUGUCUGCAAGCUGCUAGCAUCCAUGCUAGCUAAAGCUGGGCUGACUCACAUCAUCACUAUGGACCUUCACCAAAAAGAAAUCCAAGGCUUCUUCAGCUUCCCUGUUGACAACCUGAGAGCUUCCCCCUUCCUCAUCCAGUACAUCCAAGAAGAGAUCCCAGACUACAGGAAUGCUAUAAUUGUUGCAAAGUCCCCUUCGGCUGCCAAGAGAGCUCAGUCCUAUGCUGAGAGGCUGCGGCUUGGACUGGCAGUGAUGCACGGAGAGGCCCACCAUUCAGAGUCAGACAUGGCUGACGGUCGACAUUCCCCCCCGUUGUCCCGUACCACCACAGGACACACUGGCCUGGAGCUGCCAUCAAGCAGCAGACAUGUCCCAUUCCCUGGGAUAGAGCUCCCAAUGAUGAUGGCGAAGGAGAAGCCACCCAUCACUGUUGUUGGAGACGUAGGAGGUCGAAUUGCCAUCAUUGUUGAUGACAUCAUAGAUGAUGUGGAGGACUUUGUUGCAGCGGCUGAAAUCCUGAAGGAGAGGGGAGCCUACAAGAUCUACAUCAUGGCUACACAUGGUUUGCUCUCUGCAGAGGCACCAAGACUAAUAGAGGAGUCUGCUAUUGACGAGGUGGUCGUGACCAACACUGUCCCUCAUGAGGUGCAGAAGCUACAGUGUCCAAAAAUCAAAACUGUGGAUGUGAGCAUGAUCCUGGCUGAGGCGAUCCGACGCAUCCACAAUGGAGAGUCCAUGGCUUAUCUGUUCCGCAACAUUGCUGUGGAUGACUGAGGCAACAUACACACAUGCAUUUAUAUUCCAGCUUACAAAAAGCAAAUGUUACCAAGCACAAACACUGAGGACCAAGAAUCCAGGUAAAGCUGUCCUUGCUUUAAACUGGUUUUCCUAUUUGUCUGGCUGUUAAUCCUGUUGACUGUAACUGGCUGGAUUUAAUGUACGUUUCACAUGAAGCAAUCUUUUCUGCUGUACAGAGACUGUAUUCGCACACAACGGUUUCACUUCACUAAUAUAUGCUUGCUACUACCUGAAAACAUAAAUGGCACCAUUGAUGUAUCAUGUGCAUCUUUCAGCACACUGCAGAAUUUGACGAAUAAAGCUAUUCUUCUUGGA